AUGGCCAACUCAAGUCUCUCUAUCCCCGAAUCUUACGCAUCUAUAGGAUACAAAGAUAUACUCAUCAGCCAUGUCCCACCCGACGCGCCCACAGCAACCAAGGUAGUCGUUGUUACACUCAACAGACCCAAACGACACAAUGCCGUAAACGAAAACAUCCUCAUCGAGCUUGAGUCGGCUUUCAAACUUUUUAACAUAGACCAGCGGGUCCGCGCUAUCGUACUCACCGGCGCAGGCAAGUCCUUCUGCGUUGGGAUGGAUCUGUCAGGCGGACCGGCUGGUUUGAUGAAGAUCAAGGAAAAUGAGAAGACGAUGAAAGAAUGGAAAGAUCCUGGUGGCCGAGUUGCGCUCGCCAUUUCAGACUGCAUUAAGCCAACUAUCGUCGCCGUCAACGGCGCAGCGGCAGGCUUCGGCCUCACCUCCAUCCUCUCAGCCACGAUCCGCGUAGCCUGGAAAGACGCCAAGCUCAGCAUGCCCUUCGCCCGCCGCGGUCUCACGAUGGAAUCCAUAAGCGCCUUCUACCUCCCCAAAAUACUCGGCCUCUCGAAAGCCAUGCACAUGACGGCGACGGGAAACACCUACGUCGCGUCGGAUCCCAUCGUCAGCGGCCUCUUCUCGAAUCUCCUCCCCACGCCCGAAGCCGCGUUGCAAUACGCCCUCGAGACGGCAGUCGACAUGGCGGAGAACACGUCGCUCAUGAGCACGAAGAUGAUGAGGGACCUGAUGCUCUACGGCCCCGACACCCCCGAGGAAACUCACCUGCUGGACUCGAGGGUGUUCAUCGCCUCGGCUGGGUCGCCGGACAAUGUGGAGGGUCUCAAGUCUUUCGCGGAGAAGCGCAAGCCGAAAUUUUCUGGGGCUAUUGAUAGGACUGAGUUCCCGUUCUGGCCUUGGUGGAAAUUUGGUGCUGAAGAGCUGAUACCCGGUUUGAAGGCCAAGCUUUGA